AUGCCGGCAGCAAAGAAGGCAGCAAAGAAGUUUAAAGUUCCUCGUGCCACUCUGACAUAUAAGGUUAAAGGCAUUACACCACGAUGUCGAAGAAUGGAACCGGAUCCAAUUUUAACACAUGAUGAAGAAACAAUUGUAGUCCAAUGGAUAUUUUCGUUAGCUAAAGCUGGUUUUCCUGUUGGAAACAUACUUUACUGGACAGUGUUCAACAUCUAA